AUGCCAUGCAGCAGUAUGAGGCGGCUACUGCCACCAACAGUUCUGCUACUUCUAGUUUCAGCUGGAGUGCUAGUUGCAGGUCUCCCAAAGGCUGUGGUGCUCCUAGAUCCUCCAUGGGCUAGAGUGCUCCAAGAAGACAGUGUGACUCUGAAGUGCCAGGGCACCUAUCCUCCUGGGGACAAUGCUACCCAGUGGCUACAUAAUGGAAGCCUCAUCUCAAGUCAGACCUUCAGCUACUUCAUUGAAUCUGCCAGAGUUAAGGACAGUGGAGAGUACAAGUGCCAAACAAGCCUCUCCACACUCAGUGACCCAGUACAACUAGAAGUCCACAUUGGCUGGCUGUUACUCCAGACCACUCAGGAGGUGUUCCAGGAAGGAGAGACCAUUUGGCUGAAAUGUCACAGUUGGAGAAACAAACCUGUGCAAAAGGUCACGUAUUUACAGGAUGGCAAAGGCAUGAAAUAUUUUCACCAGAAUUCUGACUUCUACAUUCCAAAAGCCACACGCAAUCACAGCGGCUCCUACUUCUGCAGGGGUCUUAUCGGGUCCAAAAACAAGUCUUCAGAGGCUGUGAAGAUUAUGGUUCAAGGUCCAGGAUCUCCAACCAUCUCACCAGUCCUGCCGUGGCCCCAAAUCACUUUCUGCCUGGUAAUGGGAGUAUUGUUUGCUGUAGACACAGGACUAUAUUUCUCUGUGCAGAGAAACCUUCAAAGCUCAAUGGAAGACAGGAGGAAACACAAAUUUCAGUGUCGCCUAGAUAUUCAGGACAAAUGACCCCUUGUCUCCCAGGGCAAUAAGAGCAGUGGCCACAGAAUCUAUGAACCUCUCUCUGGUUAUCUACAUCAGACAUCUGGAGCAGCAGGGGAAUACAACUCAGAGCCUAGGCUCAGGCCCUCCUCUAACUCUCUUGGUCUCCAAUAAAAAGGACAAGCUUACAACCUUCAAGGGCCCACAAAGAAUCCCUGGUGUGUAACACCUCUCUAUUGAAAUCUCAUCCAGUUCUGAAAUCUCAUCCAGUUCCUCACAGCAAAGUGACAACCCGGGCUCUGGAAGUCGACCCUUUAAAAGUAGAAUAACUAGCCAGGCACUGGUGGCUCACGCCUGUAAUCCUACCUACUCAGGAGGCUGAGAUC